AUGGCAACAGCAAACAUCCAUUUCCCAACCACGUCCACUCCAACAAUGGUCGGAGGACAGGAAUGUGACUUAACCCUCACCAUUGCAAAACUUAACUUCAAUGGGACCAAUUACCUUGGCAUGGAAGUCAAGUACAACCACUAUCUUCCACCAGGAUGCUCCUGUGAGUACACGACUGAAGUCAAUGUCAUGAACAAAAAGUUCAUUCUCAAACACUACCGCUACAAGAACGAUCGUCUUUAUCUUCCAACCUUCUUGAAGUGGAAUGAUGUUACCAAUAUGAUGGACACCGAGACAUCCGUCCAUUGCUCAGCUCGAGUCAUUGGGUUCAAACGUUUUGCGAAUGAGGAGCGCACUAUUACCGAUCGCAGCUAUCAUGCUACCCCGCAUUUGCGAAACAUCACCACUGUCAAUUUGACGAUUCACGUUGGAAAGUAUAAGAUUCUGAUGAACAAGGAUUAUCUAGCUUCAAUGUCUGGAUUCUUCAAGCAAGUUCUUCAAGGAUCCGAUAAGUACUCUCGACAUGAUGACAUGUCGCUUAAUGAGCAGCGAGACGAUGCCUUUGUCACUAUGAUUGAUAUCUGUCAUCAUAAAUUCUGGUGCCAAUACCACCUCAAAGAUGAGCUUCUGGAAAUUGCAAAAAUCUACCAAAUCCCGUUCGUCAUUGAAUUCCAUCAACGUUUCUUCCAACCGAACCAAGAAGCUCCUGCACUAAACGCUGAUAAGGAAUUUUCAAUGGAGCGAACUAUCGACAAGGAUCUCAGUCGUCUUCUGACCCGUCAUGUUCGUCACAGCUAA